AUGUGUCGUGGCGGAUGCCUUCGCGGAUCCGGACGGGCUAGUGUCGUCAUCACGGACGACACGGACGACACGGACGACACGGACGACACGGACGACACGGACGACACGGACGACACGGACGACAACAUCGCGACGAGGCGGUCACAGCUAAGUUUGGGGACAUGUGGUGCCUGUUCAGCAGAGGCUACCGCCGCUGUAGAAGUUCCAUUCCCGGAGCUUGGUCCAUCAUACAUUUCUGUCAUAGCAUGCUUUGGAAGACUACAUUUCUUAUCUCAGUGCUUUAAUGUGCUGGUGCAGAGCAUGGCUGAUCCCCUGUCUCUGAGAAAUGAAACAAAGAAUUUGAUGAGGUCUCUUCUCAUGACACAGCCCGAUGGUGUGGCACUUGGAGCUUUAGAGAGGGAAUAUGAUAAAUUUGUGGGGAAACCCUUACCUGUCCGGGGACUGGGUUUCACCAGCACUCUGGAUUUCCUGAAGAGUAUUCCUGAGGUUGUUAAACUUGUGCAUUUUGGUGGGCGUAUUGUGUGCAUGGUCAUUCCAGACAAGCAGACUCUCCACAUAAAGCGCUUGGUAGAAAGGCAGAAGAAGAACCCACCUGGCUACAAAACACCAACUAAGCCCAGGGGGAGAUUUCGGGCUGAGGCAUGGCAGGUGAAAAAAUCUGUUCCUGGGGAAUUGAAGAAUUUUGUAUUAGAAGUACUCAAUACAAGGGGACCAGAGGGUAUUCCAGUGAACAAGUUGCACGAAGAGUGGCUCUUCCGUGCCGGAUUCCCUCUUUCUGUCCGAAACUAUGGAUUCUCAUCUCUGGAAGAGUUAUUAUUGAAUUUGGAGCCAGAGGGAAUUUUUUUGGAGAAGACCAGAUCUCCCAAUGUUGUCAAGUUUGUGAGCCCAAAACAAAAUGGAUUGAAGAUGCCUGAAAGACCCUCUAUACAACAACACACUUCAGUCAGAAAUUCCAUGACAACAGUGCAGAAGCAUUCCAAUGCAGUUUCCAAUGCAGAAAGUGUACCUGUGAAUGAAUUCCGAGAGUUGUGUGAAAUAAGUUCUCAAGUGGAGCUUCCUUCUGCCAGUGCCAUUCAGGAAUCGACACAAGAGUCCAUAAGUGAUGUGGAAACUGCCAGCAUUACUGAAGCAGGAGUUCCCAUCCCUCUCAAAUUUGUCAAUGCAAAGGUGUCUGAGUUGAUAUCAGAAUCAAGAGUGACACUUUCCAUUCCUCCCGAUGUUGUUGGACCCAAGGAGAUGUACAUCGAGCAGGGCAUGCCAUACAAGCCAGGCCAGCACUUCGGAGUGUACGUCGGGGAAGUGUUCUCGCCUGAGAGGUUUUACUUCCAACUGAGCAAUUGUGUUCAAGAACUUGACACUCUGUUGGACAGAAUGGAUGCUCUGUAUUGUGGCUGCUUAGGACUUCAGUACCAAAUCCCCGAUCAAUUCCUCCAACCAGAUCAAGUUUUAGCAUGUCUGUAUGCUCCAGAAAACUCGUGGUACAGAGCUGUGAUUCGCAAAGUCCAUCCCAACGCGGAAUGUGACAUUUAUUUUGUCGAUUAUGGGUUGACUGCAAGCUGUAUUGCUCAGACGAGCUUGCGGUGGCUCAGGAAAGAAUUUUUUGCUUUACCUGCACAAGCCCUGAAGGGGAAACUAGCAUUGAUACAACCGGCUGAAAAGGGAGGGACGUUGGGAAAGUGGUCAGAAAAAGCAUCAGCCAUUUUCGUCAACUUUGUAAAGGACAAGCUUCUUGCUGCCAAACAUCUGGGGACAUCCAGAAAGAAGUCAAAGUACAGUUUGAUUCUCUGUGAUACUACAAUGGAAUCAGAUGUAUUUGUUCAGGAUUUCCUCAUUUCUCAAGGAUUUGCAAUCUCAAAGAGUUAUAUUUCUUCAGAAACAAUUCAAAAUCAAAAACAUCCCUAUGAUAUUUCACAGUGCCAAAAGUCGAAUUCUUCUAUGCUAAAUGUCAUUAAGCCCAUUUCCCUCAGCAGUGGGAUGGCCCUAGUACACAUCAUCAAGUUGAAUCGCUUUGGAUACCUCAGUGAGCAUGAUCUCCAUACAUUGUUCUGCUCCCUUGGAAAAUGCUCCUCAGGUACAUCAUGCAGAGUGCCUCCCCAGCUCCACAGUGUUCAGGUUUCCACAGCAAAGCACCCCGAUGUGUUUUACCAGGGUUCAGUGAUGAAUGUACCUGGUUUGAAUAAUGCCAGAGAUCUCCGUGUCGUGGAAUUGUAUCAGCUCGAUGUUGUGUGGCUUGUGCUUCGUCAGAUGAUUCCUGAUGACUCCUUUGUCCAUCAUCCUGUGCAUAAACUGAUGAAUGAGUUCCAUGCUGAUGACCCCUACUGGAAGGAGAACUUCUGUGUGCAAGAGCCAUCUGGGAGAGAUGGAGUGCGCAAGGCAUUCAUCCCACCAUGGUUAUGGGUGCGUCUCGGAUAUGCAGCCAAAGGAUUUGCCGUGUUCUUUGGAAGAAGAACGAGAGCCUGGUAUAAGCAACUUAGUGCCCGUGAGAGGCAGCGUUUCCAUCGCUAUGCUUUAGGUGGAUGUGUUUCCGUCACGUCUGGCCUGGCAGCCGUGUAUUUCAUGAAUUUGGAGGAGGCCCCAGUGACUCGAAGGAAGCGGUUUGUCCUUUUUUCGGACAAAACUGUUGAAGAGAUUGCUCAACUUGAAGCUCAACAGGUUCAAGAAAAACUGAGGGGUUCCAUUGUGCCUGCAGGACAUCCCCUGUACGCUCGGGUGAGAGAUGUGGUGGUGCGUCUCGUUCGCGCCAACAAAGACGUCGAGGGGCUCCAGAGGGAGUGGCACGUCACUGUCAUCAAUGACCCACAAGUUCAGGCAUUUGUUAUGCCUAACGGUUGGAUCUGUGCCUUCCGAGGUCUCCUGGACGUGUGCCCCAACGAUGAUCGGCUUGCCGUCGUGUUGGCUCACGAAAUGUCCCAUGCCCUCAUUGGCCACACGAAAGAGCUGCUGAGUCAAGCCCAUCUCCUUCAGAUCUUCCUCCUCCUCCCCGUCCUGCUGCUCUGGAUGCUCAUUCCUGCCGACAUCUUUGCGGUUCUCUCCCAGUCCCUGGGGGAGCUGGCUCUCGAAUUCUUCAUGUCUCUCCCUUACAGCAGGAGCCUCGAGUCCGAAGCCGACGGCGUCGGACUUCUCCUCGCUGCAAAAGCUUGCUACGAUAUCCGCGAAGCAUCGGUGUUUUGGGGCAUCAUGAUGCUACAGGAGAAAGAGGAAAUGACCGAGGAGACCAAAAAGUUCUUUUCGACCCAUCCUUCGCACGAAGAUCGUCUGGAGAAGAUCGAGGAACUGCUCCCUCGUGCAGAGGAAUUGAGACGUCUGAAUGGAUGUCCGAGGCUGCCGAGGCGAGAUCCUCGAUCGAUCCUCCCCCGCAUGAAGAGCUUAGUCGACGACGCCAAGCUUCGGGGGGUCGACGUCGACGUUCACUCCCUGGUGCACCUCAAGUUGGACUGACACUUCGUAGAAAUCCACAAAGACUCAUUCAGGUGAAUGCAGAGCUGCUUCCUCUGGAAACUGGAACAUCUGCAGGGUCCCAUCCACUCGUCUCGUCCCCUCUCCCCCCCACUCUGCAGACUGGCCUCAUUGAACAAAAGGUCGAAUU